UGCUGAUGGAGGAAGACGAAAAAUGACAGUGAUAGAAUUAUUAUCAUUUUUAUGGGUUUUCUUGAACUAGAAAUCAAGAGGUGUAUUGAUAAAUAAAGUAAUUUUGUGCCAGGUGAUUCAGUACAGUUGACCUGAUAAAUAUGAGGAACAACUCGCGCAGGACUGACCUGCCAAAUAACGCCAAUAAUGCUGCAAUGGGGCGAGGGGGCCUCCCGAACAAUCCUGCUCUACUUCAGCAACAGCAAUUCUUGCUUCAGCAGCGGGAGCAGUUCUUGCUUCGUCAACAAAUCAUACAAAGAGAGCAGCUCCAGCGUCAAAGAAUUCUCCGUCAGCAAGAACUUCUUUCUCAGCAGCAGCAGCAGCAGCAGGGACUUGGGGCUGCCAUCAGCCAACUGCAGCAGAAAACCCGAGAACAGCAACAGAUGCAAGGGCUUCAGCAAGGGCCCUGGCAACAGAACAUUCCUCCGUCUGUGAGACCGGGACUCGCGCCUGCAUCUGUGGCAGGGGCCCCCUCUCGGUUGCCGAUAAAUCCGCCACCACUGCAGGAUGUGAUAAAAAGGCCACCGGGCUUUGUGCCGCCUCCGUCUGCCACAAGGGAUAUUGUCGGCGGUGCGGGUGGUGGUACUGUGAUGGGGGCAUGGGGGAAUAAUAAUUCUGGGAGAUUCGUCACUCCCCAACAAGCUAAAGGUUUCGCUGGUGGCACUGUUGUUUCGGAGUCUAUGGUGAAGCCUCAUGUUGGUGGUUUUCCUCUGCCCCUGAACCCAUCUCAACAGACCGAGAUACCUCGGAGUAGCUCAGUGCCGAAUCUUCAAGGUGGUGCGACAAGCUACAAGAAUUUACAGCCCCAGGGAUCUCCUGCCAGCGAGAAAAUGGCUCUGGCCCAUGGGGGCUCCACUUUCAGGAAGCCGUCUCAAUUCUUUGAUAGUGCAGGUUCGAAUUCGAGGUCUAGUAGCAGUGACAGAUAUAGUGACAGAAACUCACAGAGGUCCGUGUCAUCAAGACGUUCGGAAUCCUCCGACAGGUUCAGUAACAGAAACGACCGAAAAGAUGGAAGAGGAUGGCAAGAUAGUCCUAGACAGAGAAAUUGUGACCCUGAUCAGUAUGGUCCAAAUGAUAGCUCAAGAUCUUCGAGGUAUUCUGAGUUUAAUCCCUCGCUCUCCUCAUCUCGUGAUGGAGGGAGGAGUGGAGGAAGAGAUUGGAGCAGCAGGAGUAGCAGCAGAGAAAGAUCAGCACAUGUCUUAGAUAGUGCACGUGGUGGUAGAGGUAGAGACUUUUCAAGGGUUAGUUCAUCCAGAGAUCGAGAGAAAGUACCGCACGGUGGACGGACACCUUCACCUGAACCUCGAUCAAUCAGUCGUGAGAGUUCUCGAGACCGAGAGAGUCUCCGGGACAGAGAGAGAUCGAGAGAUAGAGCCACACAUUCAUAUGGAGCAGACAGAAGCAGAAGCGAGCGGGGAUCGUCAGAGUAUAAUUCGUCGAGAAGGAGCCUGAGGAGUCCAAGGAAUAGAUCCCCGCGUGAUAUCACUAGAUCUCAGAGUCAGGGCCCGAGAGAUUCAUCAAGAGGUGUUUCUAGUAGCAGUGGCAGGCACAUGCAGGCAACGGCUGCUGACUUCAGGACCCGGGAUUCCUCACCGUCUGCUGGUAGCAGAAUGAGUAACGCAGAGACCACAGGUGCGGAUGAUCUUGUCGUGGAAGAGGAUGAGACGGUCAUUUACUUCACCCGCUCCUGUCCAGCUGAUCUGUACUUCACAAAGCAACCAGGUUCUGGAGAUACUCAGGCGUCGAGUCGGAUGAUUGAACUCGAGAACAGGUUCGAAGAAGAAGUUGUGCGUAGGGCGGAGCGUAUGAAAGCAUCCCAGCCCCAGGAGAAAGAAACCUCGUGCGAGUCGAAUAAACCACAUCACCACCAUCACCAUCACCAUCACCACUGCUCGGGGCACAAGUCCGGAUCGUCUUCAAGUGAAAGCUCAUCAGAUGAAGAUGAUGAUGAUGACGAUGAUGAUGAAGGGGCAAAUCAGAUAAUGGAAGAGUGGGAGAAGAGGAAGAAGCACCCCUACAGCCUGCACCCGGAGCUGUGGUUCAAUAUUAAAGGCCAGGCCAACGAUGGUCCACUGUGCCGCUGCAGCAUCAAGUCCCGCAAGUCUGGCAUCCGGCAUGACAUUUACCCCGGCGAGGAGCCACUUCCCGUGUGUGACCCUGAGAGCAACAACCUUGGCCAGCUGUGGCACUACCGUGUGACACUGUCGCCCUCCACAAACCUGCUGACGCGCGUCCCUACGCUCAUACAGCACGACGACCACGAGUACAUCUUCGAAGGCUUCUCCAUCUUCAGCCACAAACCCCUGGAGCACGUCCCCCCCUGCCGACUGCUGAGGUUCAACAUUGAGUACACGAUUCGCUUCUUACCGGAAGCGCCGCCGGAGAAUUUCACUGUUCGGAGUUUGAACCUCCUCGGGCAGUUUCUGUUUUCGGAGAUUUUGGAACUGAUCGAUAUGGACUGGUCGGGGCCGGGCGGCGGUUGUCAGAGGUUUCAUUUGUUGCCGCGAUUUUCACGCACUUUGCCGGAUUCAGGGUGCAAGGAGGUGCUCUCGAUGAACACGGUGCUGAGUUUUUUGCUGCGUUCAGCACGAAUGCUUGUGGAGGAGAAGAGAGUUGAGGAGCUGUUGAAUUGUGGGGACGAGCAGUGGCGGACGUUUGUGGACGAAGUCCGUGGGAUGAUUGUCACCAGCCCCGGCAUGCGCCCCAGCUCUCUCCGCAUUGACCAGCUGGACAGGAAGAUGACAGAGCCUUCGGUGCCGCCUUCCGACGAUCCAGAGUCCGCAUCUCAGGAGAAAGGAGCGGAAAAAGAGUCCAAACAGGAUCGCGAGGAGAAGCAGCGCUUUCCGUUGAUUAUCCAUCAGGGUUACCGUCCAGCCCAGUUGAGCUAUGCUGGGGACCCUGCCUACCGCAAGGCCUGGAAGCAGUAUGUGAAGUUCCGGCAUCUUCUGAACAGCAAGCCGAAGAUCUUAGCAGACGACAAACAGCGACUGAAGGAGCAGGAGGAGAGACUCCAAGAGAUACGGAUGAAGAAGACCAUGAAGAGAGAAGUCACAGUAGAGCUGAGCAGUCAAAACUUCCUGCUGACAGGGCUGCGAGCAGACGUGUGCCAACACGCACUCAUGAUGCCUGUUCUGAUGAGCCACCUUCGCUUUCACCUGUGCCUGGAUGUGCUGGAGAACACAUUGGACUACAAGUUUAUUGACCGCACUCUGCUACAGCUGUCCCUGACGCACACAUCCUACCGCACCAACUACGGCACCAACCCUGAUCACACCCGCAACUCCCUGACCAACUGCGGCAUGCGGCAGGUGGAGUACGGUGACCGGCGCGUCCACUACCAGAACACGCGCAAACGCGGCAUCUGCAUCUUAGUGGACAUCAUGUCCCGCAUGGGCAAACAGGAGGAGACUACCUCUGAAAUCCCCCAUAAUGAAAGGUUGGAGUUUCUGGGUGAUGCUGUCAUUGAGUUCUUGACCAGCGUCCAUCUGUUUUACAUGUUCCCGUGGCUGGAGGAAGGGGGGCUGACCACAUACCGAAUGGCCCUGGUUCAAAACCAACACUUGGCUUUGCUGGCAAAGAAGUUGAAGCUACAGGAGUUCAUGUUGUAUGUCCAUGGGCCAGACCUGUGCCACGAGUCGGACCUGCGUCAUGCCAUGGCCAACUGCUGUGAGGCCCUCAUGGGGGCCCUGUUUCUUGAUGGAGGCAUUGAUGUGGCUGACAAAAUUUUUUCGGGAACUCUCUUUGACGAUGAAGACGUUCUGUUGGGGACCUGGAAUGACCUUCCCCAGCACGUGCUGCAGCAGGAGGAGCCGGCCGGGGACAGACACUGGGUCAAGUCCAGCCCCAUCCUCAAGAAACUGGAGACUUUUGAGGAGGCUAUCGGUGUCAAAUUCACUCACAUUCGCCUGUUGGCCAAAGCAUUUACUCACAGAAAUAUUGGCGUGAAUCCUCUCACACAUGGUCAUAAUCAGCGUUUGGAGUUUCUUGGUGACACCGUACUCCAGCUCGUGGCUUCUGAGUACCUGUAUAAGCACUACCCGGAGCAUCAUGAGGGUCAUCUGAGUUUGCUGCGCAGUUCUUUGGUGAACUCUCGCACCCAGGGCCUGGUCUAUGAUGAUCUGGGCAUGUCGGAGUACGUUAUCUUUAACGAGAAUGCUGUAUCGGACGGCAUUGACAUGAAGACCAAGCAGAGGGCUGACAUUCUUGAGUCAUUUGUCGGCUCGCUGUUUGUGGACAAGGGCUUGGACUACUGCAGGACAUUCUGCAAUGUCUGCUUCUUCCCUCGUCUGAAGGACUUCAUUCUGAAUCAAGACUGGAAUGACCCCAAGUCUCAACUCCAGCAGUGUUGCCUCACCCUGAGAGAGGUGGGCGGGGGAGAGCCGGACAUUCCCAUCUACAAAGUGAUCGAGUCGAUCGGGCCGACCAACACCAGGAAGUACGUGGUGGCCGUCUACUUCCGAGGCAGCCGCCUGUCCACGGGCACCGGCCACAGUAUUCAGCAGGCAGAGAUGGCCGCCGCCACCAACGCCCUGAAGAAGCGAGCGGAGUUGUUCCCCAUUCUCCAGCACCAGCGACGUUUCUUGGAGCGCAUGAGAAAAGACGCUGGAGGCGAUCAGCCGCCAGAGAAGAAGCUGAGAAAAAAUCGCCCAAAUCAGCGUCGUCGAAAAGGGACUAAAAAGGGGACGUAAAGAUUUAUAACCCAUUUCACGAGGUUGACUGAGAGAAAGUGGUAAAAUUCAAAAGUUCAAGCAGUGGAUUCAGUAGAUUUUUCAGGAUGUAGUGAUACAGGUUUACUACUGAAGCGAAGAAAGAACAAUAUUUUGUGCACUGCUGGGAACAAGAUUUGAAUAUGUGCAGAAUGUAGCAUACAGGAUAUUGAUGUUGUUUAACAUGUAGCGGAAAGUGGUGCACAGACCCACUCACUGAGAAGAUGACACGGGUAUGUCAAGUUGUUUGGUUUCAUGCGAUGUUCCCAGGUUUAAUAUUUGUGAAGCAUUGUGGUGAAAUCAGGUGCUCGUCAAAAUGGUGAAAAUUGAAGAAACCGGCAUUUUCCCGCCUGU